UCAAGCAUAAACAGCCGUUAUCGUUAAAUUAAUUGUUCCGAGUAAUAUGACGUCAAAUGUUAGAAAUGACGUAACAAAAUGGCGGCGCCCGUAUUUUCACAUGACAGUUUGUAAACAGAAGAAAAUUUCAAGAAAUGGAUACGUUCGAGGUAAUAUUUUAUAGAAUUAUUUGUAAUGAUGACAGAGAAAGUAUUUUCAAAUUGAUUUACCCACAUAACUUUUUAAAAUAUCAAGAGAUCUACGUCUAUAAUCACACAAUAUUCAAGCAAAGUCGAAGGUCAGGACCGGUCAAAAUGCUUAGAUUGUAUAAAUAAUGUUGUUAGAUUGCUUAUUAACUUAUGUCAUUCUGGAAUAUAAGAUAAGUGUUUAACACAUCUCUACAAGGCAGAUAUGAAUACUGAUUUUUGUUUGCAAAUGCUCAUGCAUAGAUCUGCUGUAUUACGAAGGUUCUAUGCAUAGGAACAUAUUUAGAUUGAAAGCAAUGCGGAAGCAAACAUGAAUAUGUUGCCAAUUAGAUGCUUUAGCAAAUAUUCAAUAAAAAUAAAAAUCAUCCCGUUUAUUUAUGUUGCAAUGACCUUGGAUGGUACGGAUUUCGAAAAAUUAAAUCAACCUAAUUUUUCAUCGCAUAAUUAAUUAUCGUCGCAGUAGGCGAGUGGUUAGCGUGUUUGACUACAAGGACGAAAUUUUCGAGUUCGAAACCUCAUCUAGUCAACUUUUUUUUUCAACUUAUUUUUUUCUUUCCUGUUUAGUAUUUUUUCAUUAAAUAUAUUUCAAUGGCAUGCCUCAAUUACGAAAUGUUUUAUUUUUCAUUUGCACAGGAGCUAAAUGAUCUUCUGUCAUGCUUUGGAUUGACAGACCAAACUAACAUUGGCCGUUCUGCAGCAACUUAUGAUACUGAUACUGAUAUUGAUGAGGUGCAAGAUGUUAGCAUUGAAUCCCGUCUUCAAAGAUAUUACACAGCUACCCCCCUUGCAGAGGAAUACAGUAAUGAAUCAGAAACUCAAGUUAAUGAAGACACUAAUGUAAAUAGUGAAGAUCCACAGUGUGAUAUUAACAAUGUGAAAACCAUUUAUGACAGUGGAUGCAAAUGUACAAAAAACUGCUUCAGUAAUUUUACUUUUUCCCAGAUUGAAUCAAACAUUCUUAAUGUAAGGGAAAUGACAAAAAGUGAAAAGGAAAUGCUAAUUAUGGGCACUCUCAAGAGGAUAAUCUCUGAUGCUAGAUGUAAGGGAAAUCGUAAACGUUCACGAUAUGAAUAUGUGUUUGAGGGUGUAACAGUGUGCCAUGAAACAUUUCUAGUAGUGUUUGAUAUUAAAGACAGACAACUGAGAAACAUUAAACAUCACAUGGAAGAACAUGGUGCUCAGCCACGUGUUCACGGCCACAGCGGUAGACGUGCCCCCAACGCAUUUCCUCCUGAAGUAAUUAAGGACGCAGUGCAAUAUAUACUGAGCUACGCAAACGAAGAGGGACUCCCUCAGCCUGCGGCACCAAGAGGGCGAGAGGACGAGGCCCCAAUUUACUUACCAUCCUCGGACACAAAACAGUCCGUACACAGUGAGUAUGUAAAACGUUGUAUGGAAGCUGAAAAGAGGUAUGUUGGUUUAACAACAUUUAAAGACGUAUGGAAAAAUUGUUUGCCACAUAUAAAAAUAGCCUCUCCAAAGGAAGAUGUGUGCAAAGUAUGCGAGGACUGUAAGCAGGAUAUCAAGCUUGCCAUGAGCGAAAAUGACAAAAUAUUUGCAACACAGAAGUACCACAAUCAUGUACUCCAAGCCAGGAAAGAAAGGGAACUAUACGUAGAAUGCGUGGAAAGGUCAACAGCAAUGUUUGUUAACCGGGCACAACAAGACCAGGCUGCGGGAGAUGGAUUUUCGACAGACGACGUACAUUACACGUUCGACUUCAGUCAGUAUGUCAAGUUGCCUCACCAUGCGCAAGAAAAGGGACCCACAUUCUUCAUUCAACCAAGAAGAGUGCAGAUAUUUGGUUUCCGGGCCGAUGGCUAUAAGCAGUACAACUAUCUCAUCGACGAGGACCAAACCAUUGGAAAAGAUGGCCAGAAUGUACACGGACCGGAUUCUGUUAUAUCAAUGAUUGAUCACGCCUUCCACACGUUCGGUAGUGGAGAGACGGAAUGUGGUAUUCAUGCUGAUAAUUGUUUCGGUCAGAACAAGAACAGAUACGUGCUGGCGUACUUAUCAUGGCGCACGAUGACUGGGCGGCACAGAACAAUCAGAUAUAUGAUGCAGUUACCAGGACACACAAGGUGCCUGAUCGACGCCGGGUUUGGUACUAUAAAGAAGUUGUAUCGGCGUUCGAACUGUGACACACUCCAGCACGUGGUAGAUGUUGUACACAAGUCGGCACACAGUAAUGUACCGGUUACAUACGACGAGAAUGGGUGGGAGUGGAGAGACUGGAAGAUGUUCCUCGGUGAUAGGUUCAAAAAAGUGCCAAACAUUUCCAAAUAUUAUCACUUCCGCUUCACAUCAAGCGAACCCGGGGUAGUGUACAUGAAGGUAGCCGCAGACGACACCGAGGAAAUCCGAUUUGUCAUUUGCAAGACGAACUAUUUACGAAUGGACACCUAUGAUCUUCCGUCAGUUAUUAGGCCAGCAGGACUCAGCAAGGAACGUCAGACGUAUCUAUACCGCCACGUCAGGCCGCUGGUGAGACGUCCGUUUCAGGACGUUCUUUGUCCGCCCCCUGCGUCGGACGAUUGACAAUCACAUGUGUAGUGUAACAUGUAGGUAUUACAAAUUUAUCCUGAAAUGCCACUUGAAGAUCAAUGACAUUAGAAAACAGGAAAUAUGUUAUUACUUAUUUAUUAACAUCAAUUGAAGUGACUAAUCAAUGAAAUAAUUUCGUUACAAAAUGUGUAGUUUACUUUCGCUCAAGCCCCACAUAGAAUUUACUGGUAGUGUAUACUCCAUAUCAGCGCACUGCAGUAUGUGUAACUAAUAUUAUUAUAUGUGUACAUCGAUGCUGCUAAGAUAAAUAAAUUGAAGGAUUGCUUUAUUUUCUGUCAUCAUGUUUUUUGUACGUUGACGUUACUAACGUCGACGUUUUUGACGUUACUUGACGUUCGUCUGGUAGAGUGGGUUACGAUUUUGUAUUUUUACGCAGGUAUAGUCCAUUUCAACCUAUAGAAAUAUAUACAUUGCAAAAAAGUUUAAAAGACGUACUAUUAUAUGAUGAAAUAAACUGAAAAAGUG